CUUUCGCCCGGGACCGAGACGCUCGCCUCGUCGCCUCCCCGCCCGUGACCGAGGCAGGAACCCAGCUGCUGUCGCUGAGGCGUCUCCACUUGCUGGAGUGGAAACAAAAUGUCAGUCAGUGUGCAUGAGAACCGCAAGUCCAGGGCCAGCAGCGGCUCCAUUAACAUCUAUCUGUUUCACAAGUCUUCCUACGCUGACAGUGUCCUCACGCACUUGAACCUUCUACGGCAGCAACGCCUCUUUACUGAUGUGCUUCUCCACGCUGGAAAUAGGACUUUCCCUUGCCACCGGGCGGUGCUGGCUGCGUGCAGCCGCUACUUUGAAGCCAUGUUCAGCGGUGGCCUGAAAGAGAGCCAGGACAGUGAAGUCAACUUUGACAAUUCCAUCCACCCAGAAGUCUUGGAGUUGCUCCUUGACUAUGCAUACUCCUCCCGGGUCAUCAUCAAUGAAGAAAAUGCAGAAUCACUCCUGGAAGCUGGUGACAUGCUGGAGUUUCAAGACAUAAGAGAUGCAUGUGCCGAAUUCCUGGAAAAGAACCUGCAUCCCACCAACUGCCUGGGUAUGCUGCUGUUGUCCGAUGCGCACCAAUGCACCAAGCUGUACGAACUCUCCUGGAGAAUGUGUCUCAGCAACUUCCAAACCAUCAGGAAGAAUGAAGACUUCCUCCAGCUGCCACAGGACAUGGUUGUGCAGCUCCUAUCCAGUGAAGAGUUGGAGACAGAAGAUGAAAGGCUUGUAUAUGAGUCUGCAAUUAACUGGAUCAGUUACGACCUGAAGAAGCGCUAUUGCUACCUCCCAGAACUGUUGCAGACGGUGAGGCUGGCACUCCUGCCUGCCAUCUAUCUCAUGGAGAAGGUGGCCAUGGAGGAGCUCAUCACCAAACAGAGAAAGAGUAAGGAGAUUGUGGAAGAGGCCAUCCGGUGCAAACUGAAAAUCCUGCAGAAUGACGGUGUGGUGACCAGCCUCUGUGCCCGGCCUCGGAAAACAGGCCAUGCCCUCUUCCUCCUGGGAGGACAGACUUUCAUGUGUGAUAAGCUGUAUCUGGUAGACCAGAAGGCCAAAGAAAUCAUUCCCAAGGCUGAUAUUCCCAGCCCAAGGAAAGAGUUCAGUGCGUGUGCCAUCGGCUGCAAAGUGUAUAUUACUGGGGGCCGGGGGUCUGAAAAUGGAGUCUCGAAAGAUGUCUGGGUCUAUGAUACCCUGCAUGAGGAGUGGUCCAAAGCUGCCCCCAUGCUGGUGGCCAGGUUUGGCCACGGCUCGGCUGAACUGAAGCACUGUCUGUAUGUGGUUGGGGGACACACGGCCGCCACUGGCUGCCUCCCGGCCUCGCCCUCCGUCUCCCUAAAGCAAGUGGAACAUUAUGACCCCACAACCAACAAAUGGACCAUGGUAGCCCCCCUUCGAGAGGGUGUUAGCAAUGCCGCUGUAGUGAGUGCCAAACUCAAGUUGUUUGCUUUCGGAGGUACCAGUGUCAGUCAUGACAAGCUCCCCAAGGUUCAGUGUUAUGAUCAAUGUGAAAACAGGUGGACAGUACCUGCCACCUGUCCCCAGCCCUGGCGUUACACAGCAGCAGCUGUGCUGGGGAACCAGAUUUUUAUUAUGGGCGGAGAUACAGAGUUCUCUGCCUGCUCUGCCUAUAAAUUCAACAGUGAAACUUACCAGUGGACCAAGGUGGGAGACGUGACAGCGAAGCGCAUGAGCUGCCAUGCCGUGGCCUCCGGAAACAAGCUCUACGUGGUUGGAGGAUACUUUGGCAUCCAGCGGUGCAAGACUUUGGACUGUUACGACCCCACUUUAGAUGCAUGGAACAGCAUCACCACGGUCCCUUACUCGCUGAUUCCCACUGCAUUUGUCAGCACCUGGAAACAUCUGCCUUCCUAAUCAUAGUCCAUCUUAAAGAAAGACAGCAUGAGCUUCCCCCAUCACCGGGUGAGAGACAAUACGAGAUUUCUGCUUUGGAGAAGCCAAGUGUAAUGAAGUGAGAAGAGGCACCGGCAUCGAGCAACACCCACCGCACCUUGGCGGUGCCCCUCGUGGACAUGAAGGAAGGGGUGAGGGAGGGGGUGGGGCUUUCCGUGUGAGUAGCACAUGGUUUAAAUAUGAAUGGGUGAACCUGUGAUCUAGUCCUUGUCUUGUAAUUGUGGAUUAAUGUCAGCGUUAAUCAGCCCCUCAAAGGGAAAGAAAAGCUGGACCUUUUCUCUUGCUGUACCACAUUCAGCAUUUGAUUUCCAUGGGCUCCACCAUUUAUGUGUAAAAUUUGAAAUGGUUGUCAGCUCUCUCUGAGGAGCGAGCCUGAAGCCUUCUUCACACCAGCUGCUGUUGGAGGUUCAAAGCCCAAAGCCCCAGUGUGGGCCGGGAGGGAUGCUGGCUGGGCUGGCUGAAGAAUGAGGAGCGCCCGACUCUCCCUAAUCCUGAAGGGGUGGGCUGUGCUUCCCAGGACCGUCCGAACAAUGGGGACAUUAUUGUAGUUAACCGUUGAGUAGUAGAUGUGCUUUUCUAUUUAUAAGUGACUUUAAACUUUCCCUUGGCUGUUAAGAAAUUUGUUAUAGAUUUAGCUAUUUAUUGUUCGAUGCCUGCAUGCUGAAACAAUUCUUACGGUUGUCUUCACGUGUAUGGACGUGUGUGAACAGUUGUAUGUUUUGCACAUUCUGUAGCUGUUGAUGUGCUUUGCUGCACAAAAUGAAAACUUUUGAAUUAUAAGUUGGAGCAUAACUGGAGGGUGGGGGGGUUGGGGGGGUUUGUUCAAAUGUCAAGACAGGGAAAGAGUACAAGACAGAAAAUGAAAAUUACAUCCCAGAGGUACUGAAACCAUGGGGGGUCACUUUUCUUAGAUGCCCACCUUUUAAUGGGGUUUCAUGGGGCAUGGUCAUGCAGAUGGCUGGGAGGAUGAAAGUAGAAUUCUUCUUUCUGCUCUUUUCCUUUCCGUCUGCUACCUAACUUCAGUCUCAGCUGCUGAAAUUUGGAAAGGACCAAAUCGCUUUACGUUUUUUUGUUUUCUUUCUUUGUAGAAUAUCCUGAAAUCCUGGAAAAUCCUAUGGACUAGUUCUGUAUAUAGGGCAGAGAUAAAGAUGUUGUCCAAAGUUUAUUUAUUUAACUAUUUAUUACCCUAUGAGAAAGCUUUGCCAUAGCCACACUUGAUGGGAAAAAUGAAAAUGUCACAGGCCCAAAUUAAUUUACUGACCACAUUCGCUUGACUCCUUGCAGUCUGAUUGAGCAAGCGCUACAAGUUCUUUAGGGAAACACUCAGAGUGGUACAAGACACACUUGUUGUUCUUCUUUAGGUAAAAGUUGGGAGAACUCUUUGGUAUACAGAAGUGACACGAUGGGUCACAAAACACCAAAGAAAUGUAAGCAGUGGCCCAGUGGAGAGGUUUUCUGGUCCAGCUGGGAGCCAGUUGUGAAUACAUUCUUUGCUCUGUGGAGUGCUUAUUUACUGACCCUGUGCCGUGGUAGGUAUUAGUGCUAGACUCGUAGGUGCUUCCUUCUGCAGAGUUGUCUGGGGAAAACCAGAGUUUGCAAUUUGAUCUGCUUUUGUCCAUGUUUCUCAUAUUGCUGUAUCUUAGAAAAUAGGGUCAAGACUGAUAACCUUUGAUGUUGUGAGUGUUUGCAUCGUCUGAUGACAGAUAAACCCUUAACGUUUUCCUCCACAUUAAUACUUUCAGUGUGCAUGUCUGUCCAUGCCGUGGCCAAGUAGACUGUAGUUGGACCAAAUUACAUAAAUGAGCCGUCGGAAUAAAAGAAUCCCAGUGCUCUCCAGCAGCGAGUCCUUGGAUGUGUUCUAAGCAAUGCAAAUGUCUAAUUGUCUCCUGGCAGCAUAGUCAGGGUCAUUAUAUUGUCGCAGUUACAGCUAGUUUAUGAUGCAAAUCUGUCGAGAGAUGUAUGUGUCACUGUGUGGCUCUGAAAGCAGGAAGAAUUUUCUGCAGCUGUUUCAAAGUUGUGGCCCGUCCUUGAAUCCUCUAUUAAUUACUAUGUGUGAGCCAGCGGGAGCCACCGAAAGGGUGGGCCCCCAGCCUGCGAGGAACUUUCUGGGCUCCUGGUCUUUGAAUUGAUGCAGGCAUUUGGGAUUGCUACUUGACCAUUCGCACCCUGUGAAAUGCCCUGCACUUUGAAGCAAAUACAAUUCACAGCACAGUACACACAAAAAAACUUUGGCAUAAGACAGAGAAGGUUCUUCUUAUUUUGUGGGCUGGUUGCUGUAGAAACGGAUAACAAAGGGCAGCCUUCCACUUCUGGUAUAAUUGUGUAGCUCCCUUUCUCUGGGCUUGACACCUGUCUGAAUAAGAGUGAUUAGAGCCGUGUACUAUCCCCCUCUUGGCUAUUGAAUAUGUGACUCACGUACUGAACUCUAUAAGUUAGUAAAAUGUUCGUGUUCCUAUGUACUUGUUUGCUACUACUACAUUUUUGAGGUUUUGUAAAACUGUUAUUUUUUUUUUCACAAUGUGAAACUGAAGGUCAAUAAAUUAUUAGAGAUUUUCUCUUCA